UGUCAAUCAAAUCAACCAAGACAAUCAAUCGCAGAGAUUUUUACGAAAAUAAAUAAAAUUCUUUUGAUUCCUAUAAGAAAAAUCCGUAUUCAACGGCCAAGAACGAAUAGGAAUAACAUUUUUCACAUUUGCUAUGAGACUAUUUACUUAUUAAGUUUAAUAUAUUUCACAAACCAUGAUUACACUUAAUAGAAAAUUCAAAAAGGACGUGAAUGAAAGACCAAACGGUACAACUGUGGAGUCAGUAAAAAGAAUAUCAGUGAGAGAUAAACUAUUAGUGAAGGAAGUACAAGAAAUGAAUGAGAACCUUCCAACGACGUGCUCUGUCCAUUUCGAAGACCCUGACGUGCUAAGUGAAUUUAUUUUGACUGUAUGCCCAGAUGAAGGUUAUUGGACUGGUGGCAAGUUUAAGUUCAGUGUAUUUGUUACCGAAGACUAUAAUAUGGAACCACCUAAAGUGAAAUGUUUGACAAGAUUAUGGCAUCCGAAUAUUAAUGUGGAUGGAGAUAUUUGCCUGUCACUGCUCCGGCAGACUGCCAUAGAUGAACAUGGAUGGGCACCAACUCGUAGACUGAAAGAUGUUGUGUGGGGAUUGAACUCUCUAUUUACUGAUCUCUUAAAUUUUGAGGACCCAUUAAACAUAGAAGCAGCUGAAAUGUACAAAAAGAAUAAAACUGAAUUUCAAACAAAAGUUCAAGAGUAUAUUGCGGUUACCAAAGGCAAGAGAUGAAAAUUACUCAACCCGAUUAAGCCUCAACAAAUCUCAUUAGAAAACUUAAAAUAUUCGUCACUUGUCAACAAUGUUAUAUCAAACCAUUUAGCUUUUGAUUUUUGUUUUAGUCAACUGUCUAAGAAAUUAUAUUACUCAUUUUCAUUCUUGGUGCAUGCAAUGCUGCAGAAAAACCGUGCGGCGGAAUAAUAUUGCGCCAAAGUUGUGCAGUAUGAAAAGUCAUAGAAGUAUGUGCACGGCUGCAAUAGUACACCUCGAGACUUCUCCAUAUUUUUUUUUUGCAGUUUUUCUGCCGCAGCUGUGCAUGCGCAAUUUUACUUUAUAAUAUUGGAAACGCAAAACAUUUUAAAAAAAAUAUGAAAUGUAUUCAAAAAUAAGACUAUUAACUCAAUUGUGAAUUGACAAAUCAUAAUACCAGCAAACAAAUUUUUUCGCAUUUUUGAUAAAUAACGUAAAAAAGGUCAAUGCUAAAUGGUUUUAAUAUCAUAAUUAUGUUAUGUGUUAAUACUCCACAGUGCUGAUAUCUAUUUAUAUUAAAUUUUUGAUCAGUUGCAUCUGGCAUGAAUUUUUAGUAUGUAAGUUAUCAUACAGAUUUAUUAGGAUAGCAAUAUCACAUAAAACUUAAUUUACUUCUCAAUAAAGUACACAUUUCAUUGAAAGAAUUCAAAAAUGCCCUGCAAGGGUUUCACACUACACCGCGCUAUAAAAUGUGUGUCUUUUUGUGUAGUAAAUAAAGUUUCAUUUAUAUCGCUAUCUUAAAAACUGGGCGCUGCUUCGCGUCUCGGUGUAAACUGGCCUUUGUUUUGCUCGUGAAAUAGUAAAAGUAGUAAUAAAAGUGACACUGGCUGUUGUACUUUAUAUUCUACAUUCUUCUUUAUUCUGUUAAAUUUAUUUGAACCGACAGCCACAGGUUAAGUUACCCAAAACUAUCAAAUGUCUCAAACUGUCUUUUGCUUUUGUCUCUUUUUAAUAUUUUAUUGUCACCCGAUGAGACGCAACCACAAUCACCAAAAAAAUGGUGUAAACUGGCCUUUGUUUUG